UGGCGGACAUUUGUAAACAAGCAGAAGGGUAACGCAGGAUACGACCUUCAUAUCUUCAUUAUUUUCAACAAUAAUUGAGAAACUAUCCAGCAGUACUAAGAAAUGUGAAACCGGGAAUAGCAGGCCUAUUUUUUUCUGAAGUGAAUUUAUUAAAACAGGAGAGCUUGAGGUUGCUUUUCAAAAUACAGACUAAAUGUGACUCCAUUCUCAAAAAUGGAUGAAUAUUACCCUCCUCCUAAUCCUGCGUGGCCUGCUGGAAACUCUGGAGGAGGCAGGCCCAACCUUGACCUCAGCCAAUCAAUAGGGUCAAGAAUGGGACCAUAUCCAGGACAGGCCAAUAAGCAGGAAGGAGGGAUAGGACAUAUGACUGACAUGCAGACAAAUGGAGAUGUCCCAACACCUAAUGGGACAUCCAAUUUACCUGUCAUGGCUGCUAACUUGCCAAUUGAGAUGUUCAACCAAGCUAUCAAUUUUGAGGCAGCCAUGCGAAAUCCAAUGUUUGCACAGAAUGCCAUGAUGAUGGGGAUGAUGAGCUCCCAAGCGGAGAAAAAGCCUGUGAAAGAUGCCACUAUGGAAAUUCUUGAACAGCAGCAGAAUAUGGAACAAGCUCGCUUACUGCAGCGCUUCAAAGAACUGCGCUCCUGGCAGCUGCAGCAGCAAGACAUGCUGAUGAAGCAACAGCAAAUGCAGUUGGAAGCGUUGAAGUCUGAACAGCAGCGUACACAUGCACUCAUUGCCAAACAGCGUGACACUCAGUGGGCUGGAAAGCACAACGGGCAGAUGAAUAACCCUUUGUCUCCCACUAAGACUCCACCCAUCAGGCAGCGGGGGCAGGGACCAGCGUUUCCACCCAUGGCCAUGAUGCAAAAUGGCAGUCUGCAGAGGCCCCCUAACCUCCAGUCUCUGCCACCUACCAUGACAGAGCAAGGUGGAGGGCAGAUACCACGUCCUGUGAUGUAUGUCAAUCCUGACGAGGAGAACGACGAAAUAAAAACCAAUCCCGACUUGUUUAGUGACACAAACUCAGCGACAGGAAGUCAGGCAAUGACAGAUGAGUUUCCUAACCUUGAGUCAGUGUCAGAGGUCGGGGAACGUAACAACGUCAUGGCAAAUCCGACAUCUCAUCAUCGUGGACACCAUGAAAAGACAUUGGCGCCCUCUCAGGUGUUCCAGUCUAUGCCAUCUCAGGGUCACAUGGCUCCAACAAAACCAGGAAGAAGUCAGGGAAAAUUAGACAAGAGUAAAAAGUCUGCAGCAUUUUGUAGCAAUGAUCUAGAAAUGGACGAAGGCAUUGGGACAUUGCAGUCAUCAAGUUCCCUUGACCAUGCAUUGAACGGCCCAGUAGAAACUGGCUAUGUCCGUAUUGAUACAGGUGUUGCAGGAGGUGAAAGAGAUGAUGAGAUCGGUGAUGAAUUAGAACAACAUCCAUUAGAUGAUGAUGAUGAUGAUGAAUCAGAGGAAAAUGAGAAUGAGGAAACCUUGGAAAGAGGAUACAAUGAUGAAGUGCUACAGCCUGAUGAGAGACCAAUCAAACCUUUAGUGGCCGACAAGAAAACUUUUGAACAAAUGUUGGAAGAACAACUAAGAGAAGAGGAGGAAAGGUUACGAGCAAAAGAAGAAGAUUCUACCCAGAGCCCUAAGAGGCCAUUCCUGAAGAGAGGGGAAGGUCUGGCUCGAUUUUGUCUAACUAAAGGAGCAGUCAAACAGACAGGAAGUAGAAGGGAGGUAACUUCUGCUGGCAGAGAGAACAAAACAGCACCACCGACAAAAUCCAGUAGUAAACCUUCCACCCAGACUAAUACAAAACCUGUUGUCAAGUCUCCACGGAAUAAGGCCAAGCAACCACAAGCAAAACUUGUUCUAAAGACAUCUCCCAGAAAUCAACAGUCUAAAAAUACCAACCAGUCGUCAAUUCGACCCAAAUCUGGAUUGACCAAUCAGAGGCCAGUUAACAAGCAUGCCAGUGAAACAAAUUUAACAGGAGGAAAUCGAAAGAUUGGGGAAAUACAAAGUAAUUUUCAAGAAAAUUAUCAUGGUCAAGGUGAUUGUGACCCAAGUCAGGAGAGACGCAACGGACAAAGUAAUCGUCAAUUUGAAAUUGAGGAAAUCAAGUCACGAAUUCCUCCAAGGGCAUCAAGAACACCUGAUUCUAUUCCAGAUGACACCUCCUUUGUUGAAAAGCUACAGCGAAGGGAGAUAAAUGCUGAGUUUGAGCAGGAAGACUUGGAUGAAUUUGAAAUGCUGGAGAAUUUUGCAGACAAUGCCUCUUUCUGUAGUAAUUCUUCAGUUGUUGUCAAGGUAAUGCAGCGGGACCGUCUCCGACAAUUUCAACAACCCAUCAGCAAAAAACAACAGUCCCCCAGACAGUCAGUAGCAAAACAGCUCGAGGCCAACAUUAAGAAGGAUCCGCUACCUACACAGACAAGACCCAAUGAGUCGAGAGCUGUCAUUACAAACGAAACAAAGAAAUUAUUACCUGCCCAUCAAAAGAUGGAAACAAAAUCUAAACUUUCUCCAAGAAUUGAGGAAGACGACGAGUCGUGGAGUGAUACAGAUAGCGAUGACACUGAAACUGAGGAUAACGAUAAAAAUGAUGAAGAGGAAAGUUCAGAUGAAGAUGAUGAUGAUGAUGAAGAAGAAACUUCAUCAAGUGACUCAGAUGAAGUGAUCGAGAAUGAAAGACAGAAAAAAAGUGAUCAUUUUUCAAGUUCAGGUGCUCAGACAGAAAUUGACAAUUUUGUACUACACAAUCAGAAUGACAAUAAUUCUGAUGGGGAUUCGGAAACAUUUUUUCCGAGAUCUCCGUCUAAAAUCAUGACUAGAAAAGUUGCAACGAAGGAAGACCGAUCUACGAUGAAUACUGUGUCUAGUCUUUUACAGAAACUAAAUCCUGGUGCCGUGCCUUCUCAAUCACAGUUUUCACAUGGAUCAAUGGCUAAUGAACAGGGAUAUGUAUCGUCAAACUAUGGACAGCAAAAUACAGAUAAUUUUAAUCUUAGUUUUAAUUCAAGUGCCUAUGCGCCACAAGCUAAAUCUCCUAUUGUAAUCUCACGUGAUGUUUUACCCACAACACAAGGUGCUUUAAUUCAUAGUUCUCUCCCACAAGUGAAAGAAAAAAUGAAAGAAAAUGAAGAUGAAGAAGACACUGAUUUUCAAAUUCAUGGGAAAUUUUCUAGUCCUAGAAUUUCAUCGGACUUAUCAUCAAAAGAUGGCGAUGAAAAUUCUGGAAAUGAUAGUGACACGUCAUAUUCCGCUUUGAAAAUCAGUGCUAAGAGUUCGAGGUCACAGAUUCAGUCAUCCGUAGAAAUGAAGCCAAGUUUAGGAAGUUAUUCUCAGAGUGAAGGACAGAGAAGAAUGGAGGAGGAUAACCAAGAAAGUGAAGAUGAUAAUGACUUUGAUGAUGAGGAGGAAUGGGGGGAAACCACAUUAAAAUCAAAGUCACCCCACAAGAGUUCGGAGCAUGAGAAGUUGAAAACAGGUGUUGCCGGUGCUGCAGGCAGUGACGGGACUCCUCCUACUUCACAUCUCAUGACUCGACUGUUCCCCAAACUUAAACCUCAGCCAUCCAAACUGCAGCAAUUACAGGACCAAAAGAUGUCUACCAACAAUUCAGCCGCAACAGGAGAUGGUGUCCAGUCCAAGUUACUUAGAGAGAAACUCGCCGAGCUGGAAAAGGAGAUUGAGAAAUUCAGAAGUGAAAAUACAAACUUAGAGAAACUCAGAAAGGAAAGAGAAGAGGGAUUAACAAAAUUAAAAAAGGAAAUCGGGGAGUUUGAGAAAGAGAAGAAUGUUGAACUCCAACGUAUACAAGAAUACAAAAAGGAAGAAAUGAAAAAACUAAGACAUGAAAAGAAAAUGUUUGAGAAAUACCAGAAGGCUUCACGGGCAUUACCAGAUAAAAAGGAACGAGAGGAAAUAGAGAUGCUUAAAAAACAGCUCCAGGAGCUUCAAGAGGAAAUGAAAAGAAAAGACACACGUUGGACAAACAGCACCUCACGUCUACGCAGUAAAAUCGAUCAACUGGAACAGGAGAAUGGAGAAUUGAAGGAGGAAAUCAAACUCAUGGAGAAAAAACGACUCGAAUGGUUACAGCGGGAACAAACUGGAAAAGGAAACUCUGUUACAGGAAAGGACAAUUAUCUGAUGUCACGCGACUCCGCAAAUUUUCGCAAUCAAGUCAUUAGUUCUGCGGACUUUCAAACGACAGAUUCUGAAGAAGAAAAAGAUCCCGUGAGAGAUCAAUCAAGUAGUCGGUCAUCCUACCCUCCGUCCACUGCCCCUCAUGCCGUGCCAGGACAGAUGAAUCUCCGGCCAUCACAGUUUCAGCCUCAAGUCAAUGUCCGAGCCCCUCCACCCUCAGGGUCUCAGGCGGUCAGACUCCAGCAGUCCCAUCCAGGGGCAACUGUAGGGCUAAAUAACCUGUCCAAACCUCCUGGAAAAUCAGGCCAGGUAUCCUCCAUGGGGAGUGGUCACUCCAAACAAAUGGUCAAUGUCCAGACUGGCCAGGCAUCCUCUAUAGGUAGUGGUCAGUCCAAACACCAGCCAGGCAAUUCUGGAGCUAGUGGCGGUCAACAGAAACAUUCAAAUCAGAGUACUGGUCAGUCUAAAUCUGCAACCAACUCAUGGUCAUCGUCUUCAAGCAAGGAAAGCAGUCAUCUGGAUAAGGGUAACAUGUUACGGACGUCGCUAACAGAGGAUGUACCACGACAAGUGCUCUCGACAGCUGCAGUACCGCAGGACACCAGUAUGUAUACUGAUACAGAAGAUGCUCAGUAUAGUAACAACAUCCCUAGAAAGACAGCAACAAAAUUCAACAUUGAUAAGUCGGCUAUAGAUAAAGGUGACAGUCGAUAUGAUGAACUACAACACACAGAUGGAAAGGUUGAGCGAGUGUACCGAACAGGCGCCAGGGAGAUCCUGUUUUCAAACGGCACAAGGAAGGAGAUUUCUGCAGAUGGCCUGACCAUCAUCGUAUCUUUCUUUAAUGGCGACAUCAAACAGAUUAUGCCUGACCAGCGAAUCGUUUAUUACUACUGUGAGGCCCAGACAACACACUCGACCUAUCCUGAUGGGCUGGAGAUACUUCAGUUCCCCAACAACCAAGUGGAGAAACACUAUCCAGACAAGACCAAAGAAAUCAUUUUCCCCGAUCAGACCAUCAAGUAUUUGUUUCAAAACGGGUCGGAAGAAAGUAUAUUUCCAGAUGGAACCGUGAUCCGAGUAGAUAAGAAUGGAGACAAAACCAUGGAAUUCCCAAACGGCCAAAGAGAGAUACACACACAGGAAUACAAGAGACGAGAAUAUCCAGAUGGAACUGUGAAGACAGUGUAUCCAGACGGACGACAGGAAACUCGAUAUUCUAAUGGCAGGAUACGUGUAAAAGACAAGGAUGGCAAUGUGAUUGUGGACAGACGGUGCUAGUAUUAGUGUCAUCAAAUCCUCUCGUCAUAGUGUCAUUGUCCUCAUCACAGAAUUCCAACGUGCCUACCCUCAUCACAGAAUUCAAACGUGCCUACCCUCAUCACAGAAUUCAAAUGUGCCUACAAAUAGUUAAGGCGAGGAAGAUGCUGUGGUUCUUGGACAGGCUAUUCUUGAUACAUCUUCACAGCAGUGGUGCUUUCUAUAUUACUGUCGUCAUCAUCAUCAUCAUCAUCAUCAUCAUUUAGAGAGAAUUGAAUAUCAUCAUCAUCAUCAUCAUUUAGAGAGAAUUGAACAAUACAUUGUGAUAUUUUCUGGAGGAUGUUACACUCAUAAACUUUUCCAUGAAAAUCUUACUCAUGCAUUAGCUGAAAUAUUCAACCCUUGAAUUUACUAGUUAUUGAAUCUCUUGUAACAUCAAAUCAUCAUAAUUGUCGAUGUUAUCAGAUUUAUCCUCUACUUGUUCCCAGUCCACAUUCUAGAUACGAUCAACUUUGUUAGUAUUUUCUUUGCUAAUAGUUAAGAGAAACCUAUUUGGCCUGUAUAUUAUGAUAAUAAGUAAUUCCAACAAAUCUUGAUUUGUGAAUAUUUUCAUUCCAAAUUAAAUAUCCCAGGGAAAAUACAAUAUAUAACUCUGUGUAAUGCAGAUUUUAAAUUGUCUGUUUUUGAAUGAACAUGAUUUGUAAUUUCCAAUAUAAUUUUGCCAUGGUGAGGAGAGUUUUCAAUCGCAAAAAACACCAAAAUGAAUCGAAUAAUUUAUUUAUUUUUUUUUCAUUUCCAGUCAUUACCUUGUUAUUUGAAUUUUAAAUACGCAAAGUGUAUCAUUGUUUUUUUUUUUUUUUUUUUAUGAGCAUUUUUUUUCUUUUUAUGACUAUUCUUUAUUUGUAAUUAUUAGUGCUAGUCUAUGAGAUCUGAAAUAUUGAACUCGAUCAUGUUGCUGCCCCAGAGUUUCCUGUAUUUUCACAACCCUCAGAUUUGCGAACUCUAAGAUGAAGAGAUUAAUGAUGAUAUGGCUACCUGAAAAUAUUUACCCAUCGUUAAAAUAUGCAUGUACGAUGUACCUUAUGUUAAAACUCAAAAAUGAAAACACACUUUAAAUUAAUUCAUUUAAAUAUGAAUACAAUAUUUUAUUGUAGAAGUAUUAUUUGGUUGUAACCAGUGUUCUUUUACUGUAAGUUAAACUACCAAGCACAUAAGAUAUUUUGUCAAGCGAUUUUCACAUCAUAUCACAGAAGACCUGAAUACAUUUACCAUUGUGCAUGCGUAUGGAUUUAGAUUUUUUUUCUUCUAUUUUGAAUCACCAGUGCUUAAGUUUCAAUACAAUAGGCCCACUGUGUACGUAGUGUAAAGAUAUCUGGUCAGAUAGGCCCACUGUGUACGUAGUGUAAAGAUAUCUGGUCAGAUAGGCCCGCUGUGUACGUAGUGUAAAGAUAUCUGGUCAGAUAGGCCCACUGUGUACGUAGUGUACAGAUAUCUGGUCAGAUAGGCCCGCUGUGUACGUAGUGUAAAGAUAUCUGGUCAGAUAGGCCCACUGUGUAUGUAGUGUAAAGAUAUCUGGUCAGAUAGGCCCGCUGUGUACGUAGUGUAAAGAUAUCUGGUCAGAUAGGCCCACUGUUUACGUAGUGUAAAGAUAUCUGGUCAGAUAGGCCCACUGUGUACGUAGUGUAAAGAUAUCUGUUCAGAUAGGCCCACUGUGUACGUAGUGUAAAGACAUCUGGUCAGAUAGGCCCGCUGUGUACGUAGUGUAAAGACAUCUGGUCAGAUAGGCCCGCUGUGUACGUAGUGUAAAGACAUCUGGUCAGAUAGGCCCGCUGUGUACGUAGUGUAAAGAUAUCUGGUCAGAUAGGCCCGCUGUGUACGUAGUGUAAAGAUAUCUGGUCAGGUAGGCCCGCUGUGUACGUAGUGUAAAGAUAUCUGGUCAGAUAGGCCCACUGUGUACGUAGUGUAAAGAUAUCUGGUCAGAUAGGCCCACUGUGUACGUAGUGUAAAGAUAUCUGGUCAGAUAGGCCCGCUGUGUACGUAGUGUAAAGAUAUCUGGUCAGAUAGGCCUGCUGUGUACGUAGUGUAAAGAUAUCUGGUCAGAUAGGCCCACUGUGUACGUAGUGUAAAGAUAUCUGGCGAUAUACCAAGCCUGUCUUUUCUAAACAAGAUAAAACCAUCAGUCACACUGAUGUUUAGCAUAGAAGAAAAUUAUUGAUCUGGAAUACAUAUUUACAGUAACUGUAACUUUUCAUUGUGAAAAUGCUCUUCUGUAAAUGCAAAUCACCACGUUUUAAAAAAAUUUAAAAGAGAAAUACAUAGAUUAAAUCACUGGAAAAAAGAUUACAUGCUCGACUACAAAUCAUCGUAUUUUAAAAAUAAUUGUAGGUAUAUAUUGUAGUUAGAUGUUUACUUGUUUACCGAUAAGAAUGGAAUGGCUUACAUGUUUUAGCUCCCUGAUAUUAGUGUUUGUUGAUUUUGUCCAAGUGUUCAAUGUAGUUAUAAGCAAGCUUCAAUGUACUGAAUCAGAAUUUUGAAAGCAUUGUCAAUUUUGUACGAAUUGGUAAUGAUACUAAAUGUUGCUUAUUUAUUUAAUGUUACAUGCUAUAUCUAUUUAUGUACAGAUGAAUUUUUUUAGUAAUUUCUAUCUUGCUAUGAAAUAAUGAAAAAUAAAAAUGCACAUUAAAAUUUGAAAACUAAAA